AUGAAGUCUCAAACGCUUCAACGCGUACAAGAAUUAAGCAUUCCCGUCAAGAAAUGGGGACAAUCAGAUUAUAGAGUAAAGGUUAGAGCUGCUAGAAAUCGUUUAACCUAUACUUCAAAAAUUACAACACCAGAAAACAUAAAACUUGUUGCUGAACAUUAUAACAUGAACGAAGACGAACAAAGUAAUUACCUACUUGAAGAAAGAAAAGAAGCAAAAUAUGUAAGGAAAAGCUCUGUUUUUAUUGAAUCUCAUCUAUACGAACACAUUGACCCAAAUGACUUUUACAAUAAACUAGAAGAAAUCCUAAAAAAGCAGAAUAAAUCAUAUAAAGUAAACGCUCAACUGGGUUAUACGUUGAUUGAUGACAGAUAUGGAGAUGAACCAUUUGAAUAUUAUUACUCUCCUGACAGUACAUCUUUGACAAACCCAUACCAAUCAAUUCAAAAGCUGACGUUAAUUCCAAAAUCAUAG